AUGUGCGUAUCCUUCCGCAUUAUGGGACUAGAAGCGCUUGUUCCGAGCAAUUUUGUUCCGCCGGGUCGACGUAGACGUGGACGUGGACGUGGACGUGGACGUGGUGGACAUAGACGUGGUGGAAGUGGACGUGGACGUGGUGAACGUGGACGUGGUCGUGGACGUGGUGGACAUGGACGUGGACGUGGUGAACGUGGACGUGGUCGUGGUCGUGGACGUGGACGUGGACGCGGUCGCGGACGCGGACGCGGACGGGGACGCGUGGACUUGGACGCGCACGCGGACGCGGUCGCGGUCGCGGACGUGGACGCGGACGCGGUCGUGGACGUGGUCGCGGACGCGGACGUGGUCGCGGACGCGGACGUGGACGUGGACGUGGUCGCGGUCGUGGACGUGGACGUGGACCUGGACGUGGACGUGGACGUGGACCUGGACGUGGACGCGGACGUGGACGUGGACGUGGACGUGGACGACGUGGACAUGGAUGUUGUGGACCUGGACGUGGACGUGGACGCGGUCGUGGACGUGGACGCGGGCGUGGACGUGGACGCGGUCGCGGACUUGGACGCGGACUUGGACGCGGUCGUGGACGUGGACGCGGACUUGGACGCGGUCGCGGACGUGGACGCGGUCGUGGACGCGGUCGUGGACGCGGUCGUGGACGUGGACGCGGACUUGGACGCGUUCGUGGACGUGGACGUGGACGGGGACACGGUCGUGGACGUGGACGUGGUCGUGGACGUGGACGUGGACGGGGACGUGGACGUGGACCUGGACGUGGACGUGGACCUGGACGUGGACGUGGUCGGGGACGUGGACCUGGACGUGGGCGUGGACGUGGAGGACGUGGACGUGGACGCGGACGCGGACGUGCGGACGUGGACGUGGACGCGGACGUGGACGUGGUGGACGUGGACGCGGACGUGGACGUGGUGGACGUGGACGCGGACGUGGACAUGGUGGACGUGGACGUGGACGUGGUCGCGGGCGUGGACGUGGACGUGGACGCGGUCGUGGAUGUGGACGAGGUCGCGGACGUGGUCGUGGACGCGGACGCGGACGUGGACGUGGACGCGGACGCGGACGUGGUCGUGGACGCGGACGUGGGCGGGGACGUGGACGGACGCGGUCGUGGACGUGGACGUGGACGUGGGCGUGGACGUGGGCGCGGUCGUGGUGGUCGUGGACGUGGACGUGGUGGUGGACGUGGACGUGGACGUGGACGUGGGCGUGGACGUGGACUUGGACGUGGGCGUGGACGUGGACGUGGACGUGGGCGUGGACGUGGACGUGGACGUGGGCGUGGACGUGGAUGUGGACGUGGGCGUGGACGCGGACGUGGAAGCGGUCGCGGACGCGGACGUGGACGCGGUCGUGGACGGGGUCGUGGACGCGGACGCGGUCGUGGACGCGGUCGUGGACGCGGACGUGGACGCGGUCGUGGACGUGGACGUGCGGUCACGCGGACGUGGUCGUGACGCGGACGCGGACGCGGACGUGGACGCGGACGAGGACGCGGACGUGGACGCGGACGCGGACGUGGACGCGGACGCGGACGUGGACGCGGACGCGGUCGUGGACGCGGACGUGGACGCGGUCGCGGACGUCGACGCGGACGCGGAUGCGGACGACGUGGACGUGAACGCGGACAUGGUCGUGGACGUGGAUGCGGACGUGGACGUGGACGUCGUGGACGCGGACGUGGACGCGGACGUGGACGUGGACGUGGUGGACGUGGACGCGGACCCGGUCGCGGACGCGGACGUGGACGCGGACGCGGACGUGGACGUGGAGGACGUGGUCGUGGACGCGGACGAGGACGUGGAGCACGUGGUCGUGGACGUGGACGUGGACGCGAUCAUGGACGUGGUCGUGGACGCGGACGCGGACGCGGACGCGGACGUGGACGUGGACGUGGACGCGGACGUGGUCGUGGACGUGGACGUGGGCGUGGACAUGGAUCCGGUCGUGGUGGUCAUGGACGUGGACGUGGACGGGUUGGUGGAUGUGGACGUGGACGUGGACCUCGACGUGGACGCGGACGUGGACGUGGACGUGGUCGUGGACGUGGACGACGUGGACGUGGACGUGGUGGACCUGGACGUGGACGUGGACGUGGACGUGGACGUGGACGCGGUCGUGGACGCGGUCGUGGACGUGGACGCGGACGCGGUCGUGGACGUGGACGCGGUCGUGGACGCGGACGCGGUCGUGGACGCGGUCGUGGACGUGGACGCGGUCGCGGACGCGGUCGUGGACGUGGACGCGGACGCGGACGCGGUCGUGGACGUGGACGCGGACUUCGACACGGUCGUGGUCGUGGACGUGGACGCGGACGCGGUCGUGGACGUGGACGCGGUCGUCGACGCGGUCGUGGACGUGGACGCGGACUUCGACGCGGUCGUGGACGUGGACGCGGACUUCGACGCGGUCGUGGACGUGGACGUGGACGUGGACGGGGACGCGGUCGUGGACGUGGACGUGGUCGUGGACGCGGCCGUGGACGUGGACGGGGACGUGGACGUGGACGUGGACGCGGACGUGGGCGUGGACGUGGAGGACGCGGACGUGGACGUGGACGAGGAGGACGCGGACGUGGACGUAGACGUGGUGGACGUGGACGUGGACGUGGUGGACGUUGACGUGGACGUCGACGCGAUCGUGGACGUGGACGUGGACGCGGACAUGGGCAUGGAUGCGGACGUGGACGCGGACAUGGGCAUGGACGCGGACGUGGACGUGGUCGUGGACGUAGACGUGGGUGUGGACGCGGACGUGGACGUGGUCGUGGACGCGUGGACGUGGGCGUGGACGUGGACGGACGCGGUCGUGGACGUGGACGUGGACGUGGACGUGGACGUGGACGCGGACGUGGACGAGGACGCGGCCGAGGACGUGGACGUGGACGUGGACGUGGUCGUGGACGUGGUCGUGGACGUGGACGUGGUCGCAGACGUGGUCGCGGACGUGGACGUGGACGAGGUCGCGGACGUGGACGUGGACGAGGACGCGGUCGCGGACGUGGACGAGGACGCGGUCGAGGACGUGGACGUGGACGAGGACGCGGUCGAGGACGCGGACGAGGACGCGGUCGUGGACGCGGACGAGGACGCGGUCGAGGACGCGGACGAGGACGCGGUCGUGGACGCGGACGCGGACGCGGUCGUGGACGCGGACGCGGACGCGGUCGUGGACGCGGACGCGGACGCGGUCGAGGACGCGGACGCGGUCGCGGACGCGGACGUGGACGCGGUCGUGGACGCGGACGUGGACGCGGUCGUGGACGCGGACGUGGACGCGGACGUGGACGCGGACGUGGACCCGGACGUGGACCCGGACGUGGACCUGGACGUGGACGUGGUCGUGGACGUAGACGUGGACGCGGACGCGGACGCGGUCGUGGACGCGGACGUGGACGGGACGUGGACGUGGAUGACGUGGACGUGGACGUGGUGGACCUGGACGUGGAGGUGGACGCGGUCGUGGACGCGGUCGUGGACGUGGACGUGGACGUGGACGCGGACGCGGACGUGGACGUGGACGUGGUGGACGUGGACGUGGACGUGGUCGUGGGCGUGGACGUGGACGUGGACGCGGUCGUGGGCGUGGACGAGGUCGCGGGCGUGGACGUGGACGUGGACGCGGUCGGGGACGUGGACGAGGUCGCGGACGUGGUCGUGGACGCGGACGCGGUCGCGGACGUGGACGUGGACGCGGACGCGGACGUGGUCGUGGACGCGGACGUGGGCGGGGACGUGGACGGACGCGGUCGUGGACGUGGACGUGGACGUGGGCGUGGACGUGGGCGCGGUCGUGGUGGUCGUGGACGUGGACGUGGUGGUGGACGUGGACGUGGACGUGGACGUGGGCGUGGACGUGGACUUGGACGUGGGCGUGGACGUGGUCGUGGACGCGGACGUGGACGCGGUCGCGGACGCGGACGUGGACGCGGUCGUGGAUGGGGUCGUGGACGCGGACGCGGUCGUGGACGCGGUCGUGGACGCGGACGUGGACGCGGUCGUGGACGUGGACGUGUGGUCGUGGACGUGGACGCGUGGACGUGGACGCGGACGCGGACGUUGCGGACGUGGACGCGGAUGUGGCGGACGUGGACGCGGACGUGGUCAUGACGCGGACGCGGACGCGGACGCGGACGGGGACGCGGACGAGGACGCGGACGAGGACGCGGACGCGGACGCGGACGGGGACGCGGACGCGGUCGUGGACGCGGACGUGGACGCGGACGCGGACGUCGACGCGGACGCGGACGGGGACGCGGACGCGGAGGCGGACGCGGACGGGGACGUGGUCGACGCGGACGCGGACGGGGACGCGGUCGUGGACGGGGACGCGGUCGUGGACGCGGACGCGGACGUGGACGACGCGGUCGUGGACGCGGACGCGGACGUGGACGACGCGGUCGUGGACGCGGACGCGGACGUGGACGACGCGGUCGUGGACGCGGACGCGGACGUGGACGACGCGGUCGUGGACGCGGACGCGGACGUGGACGCCGCGGUCGUGGACCGGGACGCGGACGUGGACGCCGCGGACGUGGACCUGGACGCGGUCGUGGAGGACGCGGACGCGGACGCGGUCGCGGACGCGGAUGCGGACGUGGACGUGGACGUGGACGGGGACGCGGACGUGGACGUGGACGGGGACGCGGACGCGGUCGUGGACGGGGACGCGGACGUGGACGCGGACGGGGACGCGGACGUGGGCGCGGACGGGGACGCGGACGUGGGCGUGGACGUGGACGUGGUGGACGUGGACGUGGACGUGGACGCGGACGUGGACGCGAUCGUGGACGUGGACGUGGUGGACGUGGACGUGGACGUCGACGCGAUCGUGGACGUGGACGUGGACGCGGACGUGGUCGUGGACGUGGUGGACGUGGACGUGGACGUGGUGGACGUGGACGUGGUUGCGACGCGAUCGUGGACGUGGACGUGGACGCGGACGUGGUCGUGGACGUGGACGCGGUCGUGGACGUGGACGUGGACGCGGUCGCGGACGUGGAUGUGGACGGACGUGGACGUGGACGCCGUCGUGGACGCGGACGCGGUCGCGGUCGUUGACGCGGUCGUGGACGUGGACGUGGACGCCGUCGUGGACGCGGACGCGGUCGUGGACGUGGACGUGGACGACGCGGUCGUGGACCUGGACGUGGACGCGGACGUGGUCGUGGACGUGGUCGUGGACGAGGACGUGGACGUGGACGUGGACUCGGUCGCGGACGUGGUCGCGGACGUGGUCGCGGACGCGGACGUGGUUGCGGACGUGGUCGCGGACGUGGUCGCGGACGCGGUCGUGGUUGCGGACGUGGACGCGGACGUGGACGUGUACGCGGACGUGGACCCGGACGCGGACGUGGUCGCGGACGUGGUCGCGGACGUGGUCGCGGACGCGGUCGUGGCGUGGACGUGGACGGACGCGGGCGUGGACGUGGGCGCAGUCGUGGUGGUCGUGGACGUGGACGUGGUGGUGGACGUGGACGUGGACGUGGACGUGGGCGUGAACGUGGCCGUGGACGUGGACGUGGACGUGGUCGUGGACCUGGACGUGGUCGUGGACGUGGUCGCGGACGUGGACGCGGUCGCGGACGUCGCGGACGUGGACGCGGUCGCGGACGCGGACGUCGCGGACGCGGACGUGGACGCGGUCGUGGACGGGGUCGUGGACGUGGACGUGGACGCGGUCGCGGACGCGGUCGACGCGGACGUGGCGGACGUGGACGCGGACGUGGCGGACGUGGACGCGGACGUGGCGGACGUGGACGCGGACGUGGCGGACGUGGACGCGGACGUGGCGUACGUGGACGUGGACGUGGACGUGGUCGUGACGCGGUCACGUGGAGCGGACGCGGACGCGGACGUGGACGUGGACGUGGACGCGGUGGUGGUCGUGGACGUGAACGUGGUCGUGGACGUGGACGUGGACGUUGACGCGGUGGUGGACGUUGACGCGGUGGUGGUCGUGGACGUGGACGUGGACGUGGACGUGGACGUGGACGUGGUCGUGGACGUUGACGCGGUGGUGGUCGUGGACGUUGACGCGGUGGUGGUCGUGGACGUGGACGUGGACGUGGACGUGGACGCGGACGUGGACGUGGACGCGGACGUGGACGUCGUGGACGCGGACGUGGAUGUCGUGCACGCGGACGUGGACGUCGUGCACGUGGACGUGGACGUGGUCGCGGACGUGGACGUGGACGCGGACGUGGACGUCGUGGACGCGGACGUGGACGUCGCGGACGUGGACGUCGUGGACGUGGACGUGGACGUGGACGUGGACGUGGACGUGGUGGACGUGGACGCGAACGUCGACGUGGACGUGGACGCGGACAUGGUCGUGGACGUGGACGAGGACGAGGACGUGGACGUGCACGUGGACGAGGACGUGGACGCGGACAUGGUCGUGGACGUGGACGUGGUCGUGGACGUGGACCGGUAG